CGCGGCACCUGGAGCUCCCAGAGCAGCCACCCGGAGUCUCUGGCCUGACCGACGGCACGCGAGGACCGGGAUCGCAGGGGAGGCGCCUCCUGCAAACCCGAGGGACAGCCAUCCCCAGGAUUGCACCUCCCUCUGGUCCCUGCGCCUGGACCACGCCUGACCACCUGCCGCCUGAUGGCUUCAUCUGAGACGUGUGACGUGAGCCGAGCGGCCUCCACGCUCCAUUACUGCAUGACGGUCAGCGGCACGGUGCUUCUGGUAGCUGGGACACUCUGCUUUGCUUGGUGGAGUGAAGGAGAAGCAGGUGCUCAGCCCGGCCAGCCGGCCCCUCCCACGGGGCAUCCGGUGCCUCAGGCCCCCAGUCCCCUGCUCAGGUCCGUUAGCUUCUUCUGCUGCGGUGCAGGCGGCCUGCUACUACUCUUCGGCUUGCUGUGGUCCAUCAAGGCCAGCACCCGGGGGCCUCCCCGAUGGGACCCAUAUCACCUCUCCAGAGACCUGUACUACCUCACCGUGGAGCCCUCGGAGAAGGAGAGCUACAGGAUCCCAAAGGUGGUUGGCAUCCCCACUUACGAGGAGGCCGUGGGCUGGCCACUUGCCGAGGGGCCCCCGACGCCACCUGCCGAGGGGCCCCCGACACCCCCUGCGUACCCCGCGGAAGAAAGCCCGAAGGACUGUGCCUCCGGGGAUGCCCUGCGUGGGACCCAGCCCCCCUUGCCACCGCCCAGCUACGAGAGCAUCAUCAGUGCUGUCAACGGCCUCUCUGGAGAGACAGUCCCCGCCACCGCGUGCUCCUGCCCGGGCCCGGCUCAGAUGACAGUGGGGGGAGGCACACUCCAAAGCUGGAGACAGAUGAGCUUCUAGUGCAUAAUACAGUGCCUGGUACCCAGGAGGCGCCCAGCAAAUGUUUGCCGCUGAAUGCUGUUUUAUCGACCUACGGCUGUGUAACAAACGGCUUAAAAUAAAUCCAUUUUAUUCUCU